AUGCGCUCUCCGAGCGCUGCCCCUCGGCCAAGGCCGAGUCUCCCCGGGGCCGCUGUCCACUCGCCCUGCUCACGCCAUUGUCCGCGCUGCGGCCAGCCGGGGGGUUCCGCGCUGCGUCCCGGGCCGCGGCCGCACGUGGUUUUAUUUAUAUUGUUUCCUGAGUGGCAGCCUCGCCGUGCAGGGGGCGCCGCGGUUGCCUGCCGUUUCCAGGGAGUGUGGGGCUUCAGCGAGCUGUUUUUCAUGAAAGAACCACAGGAUGUAACUGUCACAAGGAAAGACCCGGUCUUUUUAGAUUGCCAGGCUCAUGGAGAGGGUCCCGUGAAGGUCACGUGGUUGAAAAAUGGAGCAAAACUGUCUGAAAAUAAACGGAUCCAGGUUCUAUCCAACGGCUCUUUAUACAUCCGUGAGGUGGAAGGCAGGCGAGGAGAGCAUUCGGAUGAAGGAUUUUAUCAGUGCUUGGCUGUGAACAAAUACGGGGCCAUUCUCAGUCAGAAAGCUCAUCUGACAUUGUCAACUAUUUCUGCGUUUGAAGUCCAUCCAGUUUCUACAGAAGUCUACGAAGGGGGAGUUGCUAGAUUUUCUUGCAAGAUUUCAUCAAACCCCCCUGCAGUCAUUACGUGGGAGUUUAAUAGGACAGCCCUGCCUAUAACCAUGGACAGGGUGACUGCCCUGCCGUCAGGAGUAUUGCAGAUCUAUGAUGCUGGCCCGGAGGAUGCUGGGAAUUACCGCUGUGUUGCCGCGACUAUAGCUCAUAAACGUAAAAGCAUGGAGGCCUCUCUAACCAUAAUUCCAGCUAAUGAAUCGAGAACCUUCUACAUGCCGACCAUUGUAGCCGGACCGCAGAAUGUGACUGUGUCGUUACAUCAGACAGCCGUUCUAGAGUGUAUGGCCACAGGAUAUCCUAAACCCAUUAUUUCCUGGAGCCGGCUCGAUCACAAGUCCAUUGAUGUCUUUAACACUCGGGUCCUUGGAAAUGGCAACCUCAUAAUAUCUGAUGUCAAGCAGCAGCACACUGGAGUGUAUGUUUGCCGGGCCACCACCCCUGGCACGCGCAACUUCACAGUUGCUAUGGCAACUUUAACUGUAUUAGCGCCUCCCUCAUUUGUUGAAUGGCCUGAAAGUUUAACAAGACCGCGAGCCGGCACCGCACGGUUUGUGUGUCAGGCAGAGGGGACGCCCUCACCCAAAAUGUCCUGGUUGAAAAAUGGGAGACGGAUACAUUCUAACGGCAGAAUUAAAAUGUACAACAGCAAAUUGGUAAUUAACCAGAUUAUCCCAGAAGAUGAUGCUUUUUAUCAGUGCAUGGCCGAAAACAGCCAAGGAUCUGCUCUGUCUCGAGCCAGACUGACCGUGGUCAUGUCGGAAGAUAGACCCAGCGCUCCGUACAAUGUCCAUGCUGAAACCAUGUCGAGCUCCGCCAUCCUUCUAGCUUGGGAGAGGCCACUGUACAACUCAGACAAAGUCAUUGCCUACUCUGUGCACUACAUGAAGGCCGAAGGUUUAAAUAACGAGGAGUAUCAGGUGGUCCUUGGGAAUGACACAACUCAUUACAUCAUCGAUGACUUAGAACCUGCCAGCAACUACACUUUCUACAUUGUGGCGUACAUGCCAAUGGGAGCCAGCCAGAUGUCGGACCACGUGACCCAGAACACUCUAGAAGAUGUGCCCCUAAGACCUCCCGAAAUUAGCUUGACGAGCCGAAGUCCCACCGACAUUCUCGUCUCCUGGCUGCCAAUCCCUGCCAAGUACCGGCGUGGCCAGGUGGUGCUGUAUCGGCUGUCCUUCCGCCUGAGCUCCGAGAGUGCCAUCCAAGUUGUGGAACUCCCGGGGACUGUGCACGAGUACCCCCUGGAAGGCCUGAAGCCUGACAGUGUCUAUCUGGUCCGGAUCACUGCUGCCACCCGCGUAGGGCUGGGAGAGUCAUCCGUGUGGACCUCACACAGGACGCCCAAAGCCACGAGUGUAAAAGCCCCUAAGUCUCCUGAGCUGCAUUUGGAACCCCUGAACUGCACUACCAUCUCCGUGAGGUGGCUGCGAGACACCGAGGACCCAGCCGCCAUUCAGGGCUACAAGCUCUUUUAUAAAGAGGAAGGGCAGCAGGAGAACGGACCUAUUUUCCUGGACGCUGGUGACCUGCACUAUACGCUCAGCGGCUUGGAUCCAAGAAGAAAAUACCACGUGAGGCUGCUGGCUUACAACAACAUGGAAGAUGGCUACCAGGCUGACCAGACCGUCAGCACUCCCGGAUGCGUGUCUGUUCGCGACCGCAUGGUCCCUCCUCCGCCGCCACCCCACCAUCUCUAUGCGAAGGCUAACACCUCUUCUUCCAUCUUCCUGCACUGGAGAAGGCCUGCCUUCACCACGGCCCAAGUCAUUAACUACACCAUCCGCUGCAACCCUGUUGGCCUGCAGAACGCCUCUCUGGUUCUCUACCUGCAAACAUCAGAGACCCACAUGCUGGUUCAGGGACUGGAACCAAACACCAAGUAUGAGUUUGCUGUCCGGCUGCAUGUGGAUCAGCGCUCUAGCCCCUGGAGCCCCGUGGUCUACCAUUCCACACUCCCAGAAGCACCCACGGGCCCCCCAGUGGGGGUGAAAGUGACACUAAUAGAAGAUGACACGGCCCUUGUUUCCUGGAAACCCCCAGACGGCCCCGAGACAGUUGUGACACGCUACACCAUCUUGUAUGCUUCCAGGAAGGCCUGGAUUGCGGGCGAGUGGCAGGUCCUGCACCGAGAAGGAGCAAUAACCAUGGCUCUCCUGGAAAACCUGGUGGCAGGGAACGUGUACAUUGUCAAGAUAUCUGCAUCCAAUGAGGUGGGAGAAGGGCCCUUCUCGAAUUCCGUGGAGCUGGUUGUCCUUCCCAAGGACACUUCAGCAUCGAACCAGAGGCCCAAGCGUUUGGAUUCUUCUGAUGCCAAAGUUUAUGCAGGUUAUUACCAUCUGGACCAGAAGUCAAUGACGGGUAUCGCAGUAGGCGUUGGCAUAGCCUUGACCUGCAUCCUCAUCUGCGUUCUCAUCUUGAUAUGCCGAAGCAAAGCCAGGAAGUCAUCUGCCUCCAAGACAACACAGAGUGGAACCCAACCCUUAUCCCGAGCCAGCGCUUCUGUAGCUGCAGGGAGUGAUAUGGGGAAGAACAUGGAGAGAGCUUCAGAGAAUGAAGAGUCCCUGGUACCCAUGAUGCCGAGCAGCUUCAUUGAUGCGAAGGGAGGAACUGACCUGAUCAUCAAUAGCUAUGGUCCUAUAGUUAAAAAUAACACCAAGAAAAAGUGGCUUUUUUUCCAAGACACUAAGAAAAUGAAAGUUGAGCAGACUCCAAGAAGAUUCACCCAGCCCGUGUGCUUUUACCAGCCAGGCACCACUGUGCUGAUCAGCGAGGAAGACUCCCCCAGCUCCCCAGGCCAGACCGCCAGCUUCCCAAGACCCUUUGGGGCUGCCCUUGAUGCUGAGCAUUCGGCGAACAGUGAAGGCAGCCACGAGACGGGGGAUUCUGGAAGGUUCUCCCACGAGUCCAAUGAUGAGAUCCACCUGUCCUCGGUCAUCAGUGGCACACCCCCCACCUCGAAUUCUCUCGCCGGUGGCGAUUCUGAUGGAGAUGGUGCAGUGAAGAAGCGCGGAGACCCUGCAGAGCCCUUGCCAGCGGAGCAGACCUCCUCCUUGGCCCCACAGCCACCAGAGUCCACGGGGCCGUGCUUUGCAGCCGAGGGGUUUCCCAUCUAGACAGCCAUGCUCAGGGAUUCACAACAAGCGUCUGUUCGAAGGACAAUGAACAGGGAGCCAAAGCCUUUUGUGAAAAUCUUGAUGUCUUACUGUUUAUUGGGGUUUUUCUUUUUUCCUCUUUUAAAAAUAUUUUUCUAAUUAUUUUUAAGCGCACGAAUUUUGAAUGUUUCAGUUGUCAACAAUGUGAAAAAGGGCAGUCAGGAUGCUUGACUGGGUCCUAAGAUGUAUCACUGGAGCGGAGGGAAGACUGCCCGAGCCCUCUGCUGAAUAGCUACCUCAGUUUGCUUUGGCGGACUCUGAAGGACUGUGCUGCCUCCUCCGGUGCUGGCUUCUCUCAGCGGCGUAGCCAGCAGGACUUCCUGGUGACGCCGCCGUGUGUCCGUUGUGUGUGUGAUGUGUGUGACUGAGGAGUCCGAUGGCAAGACGAGGAAGAAUGUUGAUCUUGAAGCUCUGUUUUUUGUUUUUAUUUUCUUUUUUUUUCUUUAGAGCUGUAACGCCUUCAUGAUUUGGAUAAUGUUGUGACCUCUGGCUGUGAGGAGAAAAUACGGGACCAUAUUUAUUUGAAUGAAUGAAACAAAGAUUUCUCUUUGGAGAAGCAAACUAUUCCGUAGCACAUAGGGAUCAUAUCCUUGCCAGGCUGUUGGUGUUGGAGCGCCAGAGCAGGAACCUUUCGCUCCAGCCCACACCAGCCUGCCUUCAGCCAUCUUCUCUUUGGCUCCACAGUCGGUCAAGGGCUGCGCUGUCUCUUUUGCAGGACAACUAAAGAGUUUCCGAGCUAGCUGCAAAACACAAUGUAGAAAAGUGGAUUUUUUUUUU